AACUACAGAAUUCCACUACAGUUGUAAAAGCAGCAAAACCCAGGACAAGGAAAUGCAGCAAGGCUGGUGAUUUUGGUGAUAUCACAAGCUGGCCAACACCAAGCGAAAUAGCGAACAGUGAAUGUAAAACUGUAAGUCACAGUAAGAAGCCAACAAAUAGAAGAGAAAAGGAGGAGAAAUCUGAUCAAAAAAGCAAUAAUGGAAUCAAGGACAACCCAGAGGCAAAGCCAGAUGGCCCCGGAGAUAACACUAGCGAAGAUGAAGCUCAAACUAAUAACCAAAGGAAAAAAGGUAACAAGCAGAAAUGGGUGCCGCUUCACUUGGACGACGUGAGGUCAGACAGUCAAGAAAGACCAGGCUCUAGAAAUAGCUCAAGAUUUCUGCUGGAAACAAACAAGUUAAUACCUCAUAACAACAGACGGAACGAGACAAGAAAUUGGCGUCGCGAUAGAGAAAAGAGAGAGGAUCACGAUGAAGUGUGCAGCGUGAGAAGUGAGGGUGGCAGCGUUCGAGGACUCUCCAGAGGCAGAGGAAGAGGUAGAGGCAGAGGAAGAGGACGAGGCAGAGGAAACCCUAGAAUGAAUUUUGAAUAUUCAGUUGGUUAUCAAGAACUGUACGGUGAAGGGACUGACCAAGUAUUUCAACCUGAGCUUAAUGCCAGUGUGAUGUAUUACUACGGUGAUGGAACGGGAGUGCAGAUGUAUUCCGUGGACGAAGCGCUUCUCAAAGAAUAUAUAAAACAUCAAAUUGAGUAUUAUUUCAGCACAGAAAAUUUGGAAAGAGACUUCUUUCUGAGAAGAAAAAUGGACCAACAGGGAUUUCUGCCUAUUUCAUUGAUCGCUAGCUUCCGUCGGAUGCAAGCUCUAACUACAAAUGCCGCACUCAUUUUGGAGGCCCUAAAGGACAGUACAGAAGUUGAAACUGUGGAUCAGAGGAUAAGAAAAAGGGUUGAUCCGGAAAAGUGGCCAAUUCCAGGUCCUCCUCCAUGCAGUCUGCCACCGACUGACUUUUCUCAGCUCAUCAAUUGUCCAGAAUUCAUACCAGGCCAAAUUUUUGGCUCUCAUACUGAGUCUGCGCCGAGUUCUCCAAGGGUGGGAAGCCCUCUACGCCCGAAGGAAAACACUGAAACAAGUAAUUUUCAGACAAUGUCUAAGGGCUUGUCUACAAGUUUGCCUGAUCUGGACUCUGAACCUUGGGUAGAGGUGAAGAAGAGGCAUCGUGCAUCUGCGGUCAAACUAAAGGAAAGCGUUCCUCUACCCGAUCAACCGUCAGACCAACAGCAGCCACCCCCGCCUCCCGAGGAACAAGAACAAGAAGAGCUCGAUUUUUUAUUUGAUGAAGAGAUGGAACAAAUUCAAGGUCGGAAGAAUAAAUUUACUGAUUGGUCAGACAACGAUUCCGAUUAUGAAAUCGAUGAUCAGGACGUAAACAAGAUUUUGAUUGUAACACAGACGCCGCCGUACAUGAGAAAACAUCCCGGUGGCGAUCGUACCGGCAACCACGUGUGCCGCGCAAAGAUGACCUCCCAACUCGCCAAAGUUAUUAACGACGGCUUGUACUAUUACGAACAGGAUUUGUGGACGGAGCAGAGUGAAGAUGACACCGUGAUGAAGCAAGAGAUCGAGAACUUUAAGAAGUUAAAUCUCAUCAGUAAGGAAGAAUUUGAUAACCUUGCGCUAGAACCGGUUGCUGAUCCAACCGAGGAAGUUCCUCCAGGGUUACGGAAAGAUUUAGCAGAGGAGCUGCCUUGUAAUUUGUUCAGCAACGAAGUACCUCCGACAGCAGCACUAGCUCGAUCGCUGCCGACAGCAGUGCCAGGGUCCCCCUGCGCUCCCCCUGGCUUCACCCCGCGAACACCUCGCACCCCGAGGCUGCAGGAUCCCAACAAAACGCCCAGGUUCUACCCUGUCGUUAAAGAAGCACGAUCCAUUGAUGUCAAGACCCCAAGAAAAAGAAAAACACGACACAGUACAAAUCCUCCCCUCGAAUGCCAUGUCGGUUGGGUGAUGGAUUCCAGAGACCACAGGCCAAGAACUUCCUCCGUGAGCAGUUCCAAUGCUUCGCCUUCCGAAGGAGCUCCGCUAGCAGGAAGUUACGGGUGUACCCCAAAUUCUCUUCCAAAAUUCCAGCAUCCGUCUCAUGAACUGUUAAAGGAAAAUGGCUUUACUCAACAGGUGUACCACAAAUACCACCGGAGGUGUCUAACGGAGAGGAAACGGUUGGGAAUUGGCCAGUCCCAAGAAAUGAACACGCUUUUUCGUUUCUGGUCUUUUUUUCUGAGAGACCACUUUAACAAGAAAAUGUACGAGGAAUUCAAACAACUCGCUCUCGACGAUGCGAAAGAACACUACAGGUACGGAUUGGAAUGCUUGUUUAGAUUUUACAGCUACGGCCUAGAAAAGAAAUUCAGGCAAGAAAUAUUCAAGGAUUUUCAGGAAGAAACGAAGAGAGACUAUGAAGCUGGUCAGCUUUAUGGACUGGAAAAAUUUUGGGCUUACCUAAAGUACUCUCAGCACAAGACUCCGGCCAUUGACCCCCAACUGCAAGAAUACCUUAAUAAAUUUAAGAGGCUGGAGGACUUCAGAGUGGAUCCUCCUAUUAGCGAA